UUUAAAAAGAACGGGAUACCCUACAAUUCCCACCAGGGCUUCACAGAGGUGGCUAAAUGACUCCCCCGUGCCAGUUGACCGACUUUCGCACCUCCGCAGCACUUCUAUGCAAUUGUCAGAAGAGCGUCAAAGGGACAGCGCGCAGAACGCACCAACGACCCAUGAGACUUCAUCAUCAAACUUGUUGACGGGCGGACCGUCCUUAUUUUUAAUCCCAGUUUCUAUUCUUGUUGAUCUACAGCCUGCAGAGAAAUCAUAUUGGAGGGCGAGAAGUGGGGCUAUCCUCUGUCAUUAUUAAUAUUCGCUCGAGAUGGCAGUGAACUUUAGAUGCGCAGUUCAAGCCUUGGUUUUACUGGGCUGUGUGAUUAUCCUCAGUAACGUGCUAUGUCCCGUUGGUGCGUACCUCUACAACAACCGCUAUGCAGGUGAUCAAGUCUUCAGGAUAACUCCCAGCAACAAGGAGGAGGUUCAGGUGCUCAAGAAACUCCUGGGAAACAUCAAGGUCGAUCUAUGGCAGCCCAACAGUGUCUCUCUGAUCCGACACAAUGCCACCGUGGACGUGCACGUGAGACGGAACAACACGCGAGGGCUACGGGCAGGCCUCCAGAAAGAACACAUAGAAUUUAAGGUGUUCAUAUCUAACCUUCAGAAGGAAAUUGAAAAGCAGACGGGAUAUCGCUCUUCCCGCAAGAGGAGGUCUGAAUCCCAAUAUGACUAUGAGGUGUACCACUCUCUGGAGGAGAUCCAGAGUUGGAUGUUUGAGAUUAACAGGACCAAUCCUCACCUGGUGGACAUGUUCUCUAUAGGGAGGUCAUAUGAAGGCAGGCCCCUCUACGUACUUCAGCUAGGAAAGAGAACACGGACCUGUAAGAAGGCAGUGUGGAUAGACUGUGGGGUCCACGCCAGAGAGUGGAUCGGACCGGCCUUCUGCCAGUGGUUUGUCAAAGAGGCUCUGCAUUCCUACCAGUAUGACUCUGUGAUGAGACGACUGAUGAACCAGCUCAACUUCUACAUAAUGCCUGUCUUCAACGUGGACGGAUAUCACUUCAGCUGGUCUACGGAUCGUUUCUGGAGGAAAACCCGGUCAAAAAACGCCAAGUACCACUGCAGAGGUGUUGACGCCAACAGGAACUGGAAAGUCAAGUGGUGUGAGGAGGGUGCAUCCUCCCACCCCUGUGAUGACACGUACUGCGGACCCUUCCCCGAGUCCGAGCCGGAGGUCAAGGCGGUUGCCAAGUUCCUGCGGAAGCACAAGAAACUCGUCAAGGCCUAUAUCUCCAUCCACGCCUACGCCCAAAUGUUGCUCUACCCCUACUCCUAUAAAUACGCCACCAUCCCUAACUUCAACUGUGUGGAGUCAGCUGCACACAAUGCAGUGACUGCCCUGUACUCUGCAUAUGGAGUGAGGUACAGAUAUGGACCUGCUUCUACCACGCUGUAUGUCAGCUCAGGCAGUUCCAUGGACUGGGCCUAUAGGAAUGGGAUCCCUUAUGCCUUUGCUUUUGAACUGCGGGACACAGGCUACUUUGGUUUCCUGUUACCUGAAACUCUGAUCAACCCCACCUGCACUGAGACCAUGAGAGCGGUGAAGACCAUCUCAUCAGGCCUACUUAAGAAGUGUGAGACAGGGAUGUAUCAGCUGGACAGGGAGAGAUAUCCAUAUCUCUGAGAUAUACAGAUAAUUAUCUCUGCAUCUGCUAGCAAAUAUCUACGGGCGGUAGGUUAUUGUGCCAAAAAGGAAAAAGCAACAUGUAUCAUGCAAGCCUUAAAGGGAUAGUUCGGGAUUUUAUCUACUUACCUAGAUUCAGAUGAAAUUGUGGAUAAAAACGUUAUGUAUCUGCGUGCAGUUUGAAGGAAGCUGCUAACUAGUGUUAGCGCAAUUGCUAACUUGCGUUAGUGCAAUGACUAAG